CCGUCGGCGGGUGGCGGCGAUGGGCAGCGUGAGGGGCCCCGGUGGGGCCGCCCUGCGUGCGGUGCUGUCGGUGGUCGCCGGGCUGCUGGCCUGCGGCGUGGCCAGCGAGUACGACUAUGUCAGCUAUCAGUCAGACCUGGGCCCUUACCCUGGCGGGCGCUUCUACGCCAAACCCCACCAGUGUGUGGCCAUCCCCGCCGACCUGCGGCUUUGCCACAGCGUGGGCUACGACAAGAUGGUGCUGCCCAACCUGCUGGACCACGAGACCAUGGCCGAGGUGAAGCACCAGGCGAGCAGCUGGGUGCCGCUGCUCAACAAGAAUUGCCAUAUGGGUACCCAGGUCUUCCUCUGCUCCCUCUUUGCCCCCGUCUGCCUGGACCGGCCGGUCUACCCCUGCCGCUGGCUCUGCGAGGCCGUGCGUGACUCCUGUGAGCCUGUCAUGCAGUUCUUUGGCUUCUUCUGGCCAGAGAUGCUCAAGUGUGACCAGUUUCCCCAGGAUGACGUCUGCAUUGCUAUGACAGCUCCCAAUGCCACCGAGGUCUCCAGGCCCAAAGGAACAACCGUGUGUCCCCCUUGUGACAAUGAGAUGAAGUCAGAGGCCAUUGUGGAGCACCUGUGUGCCAGCGAGUUUGCUCUUAAGAUGACCAUCAAGGAAGUGAAGAAGGAGAAUGGGGACAAGAUGAUCAUUCCACGGAAGAGGAAGGCACUGAAGCUGGGGCCCAUCCGGAAGAAGAACCUGAAGAAGCUGGUGCUGUUCCUAAAAAACGGGGCAGACUGUCCCUGCCAUCAGCUGGACAACCUCAGCCACUACUUCCUCAUCAUGGGCCGCCAGGUGAAGACCCAGUACCUGUUGACAGCCAUCUACAAGUGGGACAAGAAGAACAAAGAGUUCAAGAAGUUCAUGAAGAAGAUGAAAUCACCCGACUGCCCCACGUUCCCGUCCGUGUUCAAGUGAUGCGGUGCUGGCGGGAGAGCCGCUCCCUGGACCUGCUCAGGUGGGCACAGCGGCUCCUUCUCGCUGCUCUGCAGCAGGGAUGCUGGAGCCCAGCCCUCCUGCUCCUCCAUCCUGCUCCUCAGAGCUCCCUCACUGAUCUCAGCCCUCCCAAACCUUGGCCUGAUCGCCUGGGCACGUGCUGCAAGCAGUGGCUGAGGUCACACACCAUUGUCUAAAGACCUGUUACUGUACAGAUAUGUGCAACCAUUGAAAUAGCAGCUGUCAGGUUAAGAGGGCAAGCAGAGGGCUGUGAGGUGAUGCUAAGAGCUUGCAUGCUUGCAGAAAGGACCCUCGUGACCACGUCACUCCUGUCUUCAUGGCUGCAGGAUUGCCCUGAAUUCCUGUAGGAACCAGAGCUGGCUGAUUAGACAGAGAUCUUAUCUUCAUGAUCAAAGUUAAUAAAUGAGUAGUGGAAAACCCAUUACAACCUCUGAUAAGAAUUCCUAAUAGCUAAUUGCCCUCACUGUAAAAAUAUCCCAUUAUAGUCUUAACCUGCUUAGUUUAAGCCUUAACCCUGGUUCCUUGUGGUGCCUUGUUGGGCUGGAGCCCUCCCUUCCAGCAUCUCUUGUGAUGUCUCCCUGGGUGCCUGCCUUGGCAUCUGCUGUGCCAGCUGAGCCCCUGUGCUGCACCCAGGCAGCCUUUGAGUCUCCUCACUGUGUGCAGUGUGUUGGUGCACUGGCGUGGGGAGCAGGGGCAGAGGGAGCUCUCUGCCUCCACCUGUGCCUUUGGCCUUGAGCAGGCCCCUGUCUCAGCAGUGUCCAGCUGAGAUCCCCUGGCUGGGCUGAGCUCCCCUUCCUGGCUGUGGCAGUUCCCCUGCACAGGUGGCCUGAGCUGCUGGUGCCCUGACCUCUCACUCCAUUUUAAGCCCAAGCAAAGGUUCCAGCCCAAGUUGCUGGCCUGCCUAGGGCUAAGGCUGGGAGGAGCUCAUGGCCAGCUCCUGCAGCUUGUGACACUCCCUCACUUUUACCAGUGAUGUUUUUAUAGUUGCUUUAGGCUGCUGGCAAAGUACCAGAGUGCAGAAGGCCAAGGACUUUUCCCUGUGGAGCACUGCAGGGAAUGUAUCAUCUGUGUCUUCCCCUCUUUGCUGUGGGACCCAUCAGUCUGGGGUUUUGUCUAUUUGAUCUAUGACAACUUGGCUCUCUAUCAUUAUGUCUUUUUUGCCCUAAUUAAAAUGUCAUGUUUGUAUGAUUUCAAAUAGUUUAUGAAAGACAAAGAAUGUCUUACCCAAAUGAUUACAUUUAUCGACCAAGCUGAAAUUCAUUAUUCUGUUAAUUGGACUAGGUCUCUUUUUCAUAGACCCAUACCACUCUGUAUUCAUUAUCCUUCCUCCUUCCAUUUAGUAUUCUCAUCCAUCACCAAUACUCUAAGAGAAUGAAUAUCCGAUGUCUGAGAUAAUCCUGUUGUAUCACAGUUAAGUGAAAUAACAAAUCCUCAUUUUUGAGGUUUGAACCAAACCCCCGCAAAAGUGGUAAAUUAAUUAUUCCUUAGCUUGGGAGUGGUGCUUGUUUCCCACAUGGGGACAGAGCCAUGGACUUGGUUGUAGAAGAAUUCCAUUAACAAGCCAAGUACUCUGAGGAAUGAUGUUUCACAGCUAACAGAGAGAUGGAUUUAGGAUGUGAACUUUGUAGAGUCCCCUUAGGUUGUCUUAGACCACCAUUUGUAGUAGUGUUGUUUCUUUAUUGCAAAAUUAAUCAUUGUAGAUAAUGUGCUUUAUUAGUGAAGUAAAGAAAUAAAUAAACCAUGGGCUUUAACAUCACAGAUUGAUGAGGUGAAAUGAUGGAGAGGGCUGACAAAUCCAGGGGAAUGGAGUCAGGACAUGAUGAGCUGAAGGUGUGGUUCUCUGUGAGUGCCCCAAAAAGCCCCAGUGGGAUGGGGCAGGGACCCUCUGUCCCCUCUGCCUCACCUUCCUGAGCACAGCACAGCAGAGGGCUGGCUGUGGCAGAGAGAACGCUGCUGCUGCUGAAAUUAAUCCAAAUUAAUCCAUAAAUGUGAUUCCCCAACCUCCCUUUUCACAGAGAUGCUGUUUCCCAACCUUUGGGGCUGGCAGUGGGUGUGCUGGGGGAGCCUGGCCUGGAGGCUGUGCAGGGAAGUAGUGGAGUCCCCAUCCCUGGAAUGCUUCAAGAAAUGACUAGAUGUGACUCAUUGGUGGUGUUCAGCCCAGGGUUGGACUCAAUGAUCUUGGAGGUCUUUUCCAACCUCAUUGACUCCCUGGUUCUGUGAUGCCAUGCCCACUGGCACACAGCAGCUGGAGCAGGUUGCAGGGAGAGCAGGUGCCCUUCCUGAGAAGCUCCUGCUGCUUCAGCCAGCCCUUGCUGCAGCUCACAGGUGCUUUUAAUCAAAGUGAUUUUUUUAUCCACCUGUUGGGUGAGGAACUGCUGAGAAUGUGCUGCAGCCCCAGCUGGGUCUUUAGUGCAGGGAAGGUGCAAGAGCUUGGGGUAAGCAACAAUUCUUCCUGCAAUGCCCUUGGAGGCACCUGAGACAUCAGCUACAGAGGUGUUGCCACCACAAGACCAGGUAAGGUCAGUGCUGUGGAGCUGCUGCUUGGGGUCUUCUCCCAGCUCAGAGCUGGUGCCUGGGGCAGUCUGAGAGCUGAUUUGGGGCAGUUCAGGGCUGAAUCUGGCUCUGCUUUAUGUAUCCCUGCAUUUCACUGCUGGUUUGUCUGUGGUCAUUCAACAAAGUGAGAGCAUCAGGUCAGUUUGAAGGGAUGCAGGAAGCCAGGCAGUGUGUGUGUGUUUGCUGAAAAUUUGCAGAAUCUGGUCCUUUACUGGCUUCUUGUAACUGGCCAGUUACAAGAAGUAACUGAAGUAUUUUUUUGGUCAUGUAAAAAGUGAGACUUGCAGUCAAACUGCUGCAUGUGGGUGCCUUUGCUGUCUUUAGAUUUCCUAAACUGCUCUCCAACAAGAAAAGUUUACUAAAACCUGAAGUGGGCUAAGGAUAAACUAUGGAGAAAGUGCCCAAGAUCCUGGGUUGUUCUUGUAUGGAGUAAAUAGAUGUUUACUGAAAUGAGAAAGUUCAAAAGUCUCCUUAAAUCAGGCACCGUGUGUCUGGCAUAAUGUUCCCAGAAGAGAGAGAUGGGUGUUUGUGCAGUUCAUGGAUACACUUUGCAUUUUCAAAUGUCAGAUGCUGAUUGUUAUGAUGAGUCUGGUUUAAGUUACAAGCAUGUGUGUAAGUGCUCACUCAUACUUUGUGCUGGGAGACACCCUCAGUUUUGCCCUGCUGAGGGUGUCUGUGGGACACUGAUGUGCCACCUCUGGGACACUCAGGCUUGCUACAGCCUGGGUUUGUCUGAACUAUGAACUUUAAAUCCUAAAAUAAAAUAUCAUCCUUUUGUGACUCAG